AUGAGGGCAAGAGAGAGCAUUCUCAUUCUCUUGGUGUCUCUUGUUUUGCUUGGGGUAAUAGGCAGGGUUUGUGAGGCAGAUGGGAUGGAGAGGAAGAACUCUAGUAACAAUAAUUGCGACGACAACAGCAGGCCUUGCCAUGAAAACGGAGAAGGGGGGAACGGAGAUGGGAAAAAUGGAGACGGGGGAAAUGGAAACGGAAACGGAGAUGGAUUGCGGAAGAACUUCUAUUGGAAUAGAUGCCCACAAGCUGAGAAGCUUGUGAGGGACAUCACAUGGAGCAAAGUUCAAAAUGACCCUACUUUGGGUGCUAAACUGCUUAGAAUGCACUUUCAUGAUUGCUUUGUUAGGGGAUGUGAUGCAUCUAUACUGUUAGACAAAGUUGGGACUACCCAGUCUGAGAGAGAUACAAUACCUAAUCUCACCCUGUCAGGUUUUGAUGUACUUGAUGAUAUCAAGUCACAAAUUGAGCAAGCCUGCCCUGGCAUUGUUUCCUGUGCUGACAUUCUAGCCCUGUCCACUCGCAAUUCUGUUUCCUUCCCAUUUAAGCAGCCCAUGUGGGAAGUCCUGACUGGAAGAAGAGAUGACAAGAUUUCUCUUGCAUCAGAUGUCAAUGGAAACAUCCCAUCACCCUUCGCAAACUUCGCCUCACUUAAGCAAAUAUUUGAAAACAAAGGUCUCAAUCUUAUUGAUCUUGUUACAUUAUCAGGUGCACAUACCAUUGGUGUUGCUCACUGUGGAACUUUCUCAAGUAGGCUUUACAACUUCACUGGAAAAGGUGAUACAGAUCCUUCUCUAAAUGCAGCAUAUGCUGAGUCCUUGAGAAAGCAGUGUCCAAAUCCGGCUAACACCGCGACAACUGUAGAGAUGGACCCUAAGAGCUCGCUCUCAUUCGAUAGUAGUUACUUUAGCAUCUUAAACCAGAACAUGGGGCUAUUCCAAUCUGACGCGGCGCUCCUGACAGAUAGAGACUCAGUGAGGAUAGUGAAACUGUUCGAGACACCCCGCGCUUUCUUCAGAGAGUUUAGUAGGUCAAUGACGAAGAUGGGAGCCAUAGAAGUACUAACAGUUUACUUGACCUCCUGGGAUGUGAAAGUUACUUUAGUUUGUACUCGGAUACUGACCGGGGGUCAAGAGAUGAUUGACCUAAUUAUACCAUUUAAGGAUACAGAAUGCGUAAUGGAUUAUCCAGGAAUAAACAUUGAAUGCAGGACAAGCUUGCAGUAUAUCAAUUGGUUUCUGGGUUUGGAGACAGAAGUAACAUUCAUCCAAUCUUUAGAAAAUGAAGAAGCUGAAGAUUCAAUCUGCUUCUGGGAGAGGAGGGAAAACAAUCUGCUUCUGGGAGUUAAAGAUAUACCACAUAAUUACAAUGAUGUGUCAAACAUGUCUGUAUGA